ACAGAUUCACCAACAAAUACUUGAAUGUGGUCACCAUGGAAACGGGUGCGACUGCUGUAACCACACCCUUUGUCAACGUCACCGCGCCGGGCGGCGCACUUCCUGGUUCGAGUGCGCUGCGUGUUGUGGUUGUUGUGCUGCUGUUAAUGAGUUAGUCUCAAGGAAUGGUUCAUUUCCUUAUGCGACGAAAUUGGAUCUGCCGGAUUCGCUUAGCGCUCGCUCUCUUCGGACUCCCAUACACCAUUUGCAGCCCCGAAGUUAGGUCUGCAAUCUCCUGCCCAUCCUUUCAUCCUUUCAGAACUGGUCAGGCCAUCAGACCAGUCGCCUCCAGUUGCCAUAACCUCUACACAACCAGUGUCCGGACAAUGUCGUCCUCAGCAGCACCACAUGUAAAGUCCAGAUGCCCCCAGUAUCCAGGAUCCAACAUAAAGCGCUUCCCGGUGCCUGAUGACAAGGUGGACUGGAGUCAGGAGUGGCCGCAGUAUAAUCCAGUCAGCUACACCAGCCCUUCAGUGGCAAACAAGCCGGCAUGGGCGGACCCUGAUAUCGGCUCUUUCUCUCCACAUUUCAACACUGUGGAUGGUGCUGUGGACAGGACAAGCUUUGUGGGCAGCUACAAAGUGGAAGAGGGAAAACCACUAAAUCCUCGUGGACGGACAGGGUUGACUGGCAGAGGUCUGCUGGGACGAUGGGGACCCAAUCAUGCAGCAGAUCCCAUUGUCACCAGAUGGAAGGUAGAUGCCAAAGGAGCGAAGAUACAUCACCCUGUCUCCAAACGGUCUAUACUGCAGUUUGUAUCCAUCAAGAGGAAAGACUGUGGGGAGUGGGCCAUUCCUGGGGGGAUGGUAGAUCCAGGGGAGAAGGUUUCUCUCACGCUGCAGCGGGAGUUUUCAGAAGAGGCGCUGAACUCCCUUUCAGUGUCUCCAUCAGAGAGAGCAAAAAUCCAUGAGCGCAUCACCAAACUCUUCGAAUCACAAGGGUUUCAGGUCUAUAAAGGCUAUGUGGAUGAUCCUAGAAACACUGACAAUGCUUGGAUGGAGACAGUGGCAGUCAACUUCCAUGAUGACUCAGGCAACAGUGUGAGUGAGCUGCCACUGCAAGCUGGAGAUGAUGCAGGACAAGUCCAAUGGGUUGAUGUUGACUCGUCUUUCCCCCUCUAUGCGAGUCAUUCCCAUUUCCUGGAGCUUGUUGCCAAAGAGAGGAAAGCUCACUGGUAACCAAGGAUGAAAGACUCUGUUCUGACAUAACGAGAAGGGAAACAUGAAGACCAUGCUCUCUGUGUGCUGAGAGCGCUUGUGUAUUUAGGAUGCAUGACACCUAACCUAAAGUACCUCACUAAUUUAAACAUUGUAAUCACAGCUACAAUAUUCAAAGCUUAAUGUGCAUCUCAUUAGUCUAACUUGGCUACAGUCUGCUCAGAGGACAUGGCUCAGCCCACCUAAAAAGGUUUUAAAUUAAAGUAUCCAACAGUGUUGGAGCUGCUGUUUGAUUUUUUGUAACAGAAUAGGGAAGACAAGAGGGACUGAAU